AUGGCUGCCGCUGUGUUCCAAAUCAUGUCUGACCUCCACCUCGAAACGCACCCUUCGUACGACCACUUCCAACUGGAACAAACAGCUCCUUACCUCGCAUUACUGGGAGACAUCGGUCACAUUGGAGAUGAUCGUCUAUUCGCCUUCCUAGAGAAACAGCUAGAGCGAUACUGGGUCGUGUAUUUUCUACUCGGAAACCACGAACCACAUCACAUGUCAUGGACCCUCGCAAAGGCCAAGGUUAAAACAUUCGCUGAGAAGAUGAAGAGACUGAAUGCCAAGUCAAUAGUUGGAAAAUUUGUGUUUCUUGAUCAGACUAGGCAUGAUCCUACAAAAAAGCUCACGAUUCUGGGAUGCAUGCUGUUCUCCAAGGUCACUGAUGAGCAAGAAUACGCUGCGGAGAAUCGGUUUGUGGAUUUCAAGGAUAUCCUAAGAUGGACGGUUGAGGACCACAAUCUUGCUCACGAAUCCGAUCUCAGAUGGCUCAAUGAACAAGUUGAAAAGAUAGAACGAGAGGAGCCGGAGCGGAAGAUUGUCAUUUUCACACAUCAUAGCCCUUGUGGCUUCGUAACUAAUCUGAGAGAUGAGAAAUGUUGGAAGAGUUCUACGGUGACGAUGUGGGCGUUUGGCCACACGCAUUAUAAGUGCGAUUUCGUAGAGGAGGGCACAGGCAAGAGGGUGUUGGCGAACCAAAAGGGGCCUACAUUCAACUCAAAUAUUAUCUUUUGCCUGUAG